GAAAAAGCACAGUGAGACCCUGCAUGGGCUGACCUGCAUGAUGAGCGAGGUGCUGGUUGCAACGUUGGGUUCUUUGGACUGCAGCUGACGAUGGGAGUAGUUGAGGCCGUCCCAGGACGCGCUGACCAUGUUCACAACGUUUGCAUGGACUACUGUGAAGUAUGUGAGGCGUCUCGGAGCGAUGCGCAACACGCUCAGCCAUGGAGACAACGCACCUCUGCGUAUGAUGUCAUCCUUGAUGCUGAGCAACCGUAGGUUUUCUGGUAAAAAGCGUAUCAACGGCUAGACGCGUCGUUGGACUUUUCUGGACUGGUCGAGAACCUUAUAAGCCGUGAUGUAUGGAUCUGCUCGGACUCCCAGGCCUGGUAAGAAAAAGGCCAGGCCAACUGACAAGAGGAUCCAGUCUCGGAAACCUAAGCAGAAAGAUAAAGCUGUUGACAGUAGUUUGGCCCUGAGGGACAAUAAGCUGCUCCCGGAAGAGGAUAUAGAGGAUAUAGUGAGACAGAUAAUGGACGAGCUGCUAAGCAAUGUGGAAAGGUGUUAUGAAGCAGAAAUGAAAAGAAAGGUUAUACCCUACACUGUAUGCUGGGCCAAGAACUACCUCAUAAACUCUGUUGAGAGCCAAAUCCAACACUUGGAUGAAGGGGAGACGCCAGAAGAGUUGUGUGAAACAGAAGACUGUGAGCCUCUGCCAGCUAUUCCAGAUUGCUGUGCCCAAAGAUGUGUGCCAAUAAUAUAUGUAGGAACCUAUUUCACCUCCCAGCAGGUUUCAACAAAUCAGAAGGAGCCAGGAAAGGUCAUCAAUGACAAGGUUCCAGCUCAGACAGAGCCAGAUCAUGGUACAUGUCCCCCAGCAACUCCUCACCCAAAGAAGACCCCACAAGUGAAGAAAGGCCCCAAAUAUUCUCCGAGAAAACAACUGACAAAAGCUGUCAGUUCAACGGAGAAAAUGGAUGUGGGGGGGGAAGAUAAAAACAGAGAAAGUGUUGCUUGUAAAGAGGAGACUGCACCAAGAUAUCCCCCAAAAGAGCCUCAACCAAUACCAAAGCUGGAUCCGCGGAGUUUGCCUCGACACCGUACUGUUCUGCAAUGGGAGGUUUUAGACGAUGACCCAUCAAAACCCAGACCAAGAAAAACUGGACCAAAAUCAAACAAGUAGCAAACUGGGAGCUCCCUCAGAAAACCUUGUUUCUAAGAAUUUCUGGGAGAAUCUAGAAUCUCAACUAGAAAGGUUUUUGAAGAAAAACUGACGACAGCCAUGUUGCCAUUGAUCCGCCACCUCUAGUCAACAAUACCCAAUACCAGACUUAAGAUUAAAGGAUGCAUAUGUCUGCAAUGCAUACAAAGCAACACUCUAAUUCAGGAAUGUAGCAAAAGAUUUAAGUUUAUUUCCCAUGACUAUGCAUGUUAUUAUAGGGUUAUGUUGACUGACAAGUCUGUACAUAUAGGUCCUUAGACUAAAUGUUUCACCUUAAAACAUUCAUUUUACUUGUUUCAAGAACUAUAUAUAUUAAAAAAGGAAAAAAAAAAAA